UCUGGGAAUCUGAAAGUAAUUAAUGAUGGUGUUACAAUUGCUCGGUCCAUAGAGCUUUCGGACGCAAUAGAGAAUGCAGGUUGCUAGUAAAAUGAAUGAUUUGGCUGGAGAUGGCACUAGCACUGCAAUUAUUUUGGCUCGAGCUAUGAUUAAAUCUGGACUAUUAGCAGUUGCAUUUGGCGCUAACCCCAUUUCAUUGAAAAAGGGGAUGGAAAAGACUAUAAAAGGUCUGAUUAAGUUUUUGAAGGAGAGAAGUGUGCCUGUGGAAGGAAAGGAUCAUGUUAAAGCCGUGGCUUCAAUUUCUGCAGGAAAUGAUGAGGACAUUGGUAACUUGAUCGCCGAAGCUAUAGAGAAGAUUGGUUCUGACGGAGUGAUUUCUAUUGAGUCAUCCCUGUCAUCUGAAACUUUUGUGAUAAUUGAAGAAGGGAUGAAGUUUGACAAGGGUUACAUGUCUCCUCACUUCAUUACAAGCCAGGAGAAGGGUAUUGUGGAGUUUGACCGUGCAAAAGUCUUGGUAACUGAUCAGAGGAUUUCAACUGUCAAAGAAAUUAUUCCAUUGCUGGAAAAGGCUAUGCAACUGAGUGCCCCACUUCUGAUUAUUGCAGAGGACAUCACAAAACAAGUAUUGGAAACAUUGGUGGUAAACAAACUGCAGGGAUUACUAAGAGUUGCAGUCGUCAAAUGUCCAGGAUUUGGAGAUGGGAAGAAAGCUUUGUUACAAGAUAUUGCACUGAUGACAGGUGCUGAUUUUCUUUCUGGAGAAUUGGGUCUGUCACUUGAAGGUGCAACAUCAGAUCAGCUUGGCAUUGCACAGAAAGUGACAGUAACCAGUAAUACAACAACUAUUAUUGCUGAUCCUAUCAUGAAAGCAGAAAUUCAGGCUAGAGUUUUACAGAUUAAGAAGGAUCUUAAUGAAACAGACAAUGCAUACCUGUCAAGAAAGCUCGCGGAGAGAGCUGCAAAGCUCUCUGGAGGCAUAGCUGUUAUUAAGGUAGGUGCACACACUGAGGUGGAACUUGAAGAUCGAAAACUUAGAAUUGAGGAUGCAAAGAAUGCAACAUUUGCUGCCAUAGCUGAGGGGAUUGUCCCUGGUGGUGGAGCUGCUUAUGUUCACUUGGCAGAACUGAUACCAACAAUUAAAAACUCUAUGGAAGAUCUUGAUGAGCAAAUUGGUGCUGAUAUUGUUGCUAAGUCGCUUGUUGAACCUGCGAAAUCAAUUGCUACUAAUGCUGGAGCCGAUGGAGACAUUGUUGUCCAGAAGACAAGAACUUGUGAUUGGCGAACAGGUUAUAAUGCAAUGACAGGUGAAUACGGAGAUCUUUUAAACGCCGGAAUAGCAGAUCCUUGUCGAGUCACAAGAUGCGCUCUUCAAAUUGCAGUUUCAGUUGCUGGUGUGAUUCUAACAACUCAAGCUGUAAUGGUGGACAAAACAAAGACACCCAAACCACCUGUGCCCCUAGUCCCUGGGAUAACCCCUUGAAGAAGAACAAGACAAAGCAAAGUCUUCUUUGUGCAUGUAUUGCCCUUGCCUGAUUCAAGGUUCAAACCUUGAGAAUGCCCCUGGCCUGGUUCAUACUUCAUCCUCAUGAAGCAAUGAGGUUGAUUUUUGCAAUAAUGGAGAGCCAGAGGUUGCUGAUUCUUCCAGACUUCAUGAUGAAAGGAAGAGUCUGAAGCUGUAAGUGUUUGCUAUCAGAUUCUCCAAUAGAAGCAUGACACUUGACACAACCCUCAUUUGGAGAGAUGGUCAUGCGAUGAUCUGUUGAAAGAUACCCACAUUUUAUAAAAUU